UGUCACCAUCACUCGGCCAGCGCAGGAAGCGUUCCCGCCCGUCCAGUGGGACGAGUACCGCGAGGCGCGCACGCAGUCGUUCCUCGACUGGUGGGAGGCGUACAUUGACGACGUGAGUUAACGCUUAUGACCCUUCACUGACGAUAGGGCGAGGUGCAGCUAGCAACGGCGUUGUACAUUGUGGGGUCCAAGGUUAUUUCCUUCCCCGAGAAGCAAGCGGAGCGCGUGCUCGACACAUAUCUCGGUGAGAUUGUGGACGUGGAAAGUGGCUUACAGCAGAUAUGCUUGAAGCGCACCAUCUCUCCAUCCCUCUGGCGUACUACCGCCGUUUCUCUAAUGUGCUCUCGGCGCAAACGCGCUCUGCCAUGGAUGGUGUCACACACGUGCAGUACUGCGCCAAGUGUGGCAAGUCGACAGGGUCCCUUGACGAUUCGCAUGAGACCAAGACGUUCUGGUGGUGUCUCAAAUGUCGCCGUGCCGCCAAGCUUUGCACGAUUUGGUGAGUUAAGCUUGCUGCGGGAGCUCACGCCAGCCGGGAGCCUGUCAAGGGUUUAUGGAUGGGGUGCAACAAGUGCCGCCAUGGGGGCCACCAGCGGUGUAUGCGGGCGUAUUACAGUGCGUGCUCAUGCCGUCAACACGGCUGUAGACGUGGCUCUGGAGCCGGUGCCUCGGCAAUCCGACGCGAGUUCGACAGCGAGUGGGCUGGCUGCUACGUCUUACGAUUCAUCUGGCCUUCAUGGCAGAAUGAAGCAGGUCGAGCUCGUUACCCCAGACGG